AUGGAGAAUCGGGUCUUCAAGACAUCUUUCUAUGUGCUGGCUAUUCUCUUUUUCAUACCAGCUGUUCAGAGCAUUUGUCCUUCUGUGUGUUCAUGCUCAGGAAACAACAGAAACGUGGACUGUUCUGGCAGAAACCUGAACACACUGCCACAUGGACUUCAGGACAACAUUACCUACUUAAACCUGUCACAUAACCACUUGGCAGACCUCAACAGCCAACUUACUCGGUUUGCCAAUUUGAGGACCCUGGACAUUUCCCACAACCAGCUUUGGAACCUGCCGGCUAAUCUGCCCAGGUCGCUCUGGGAAAUAUACGCUGCACACAACAAUGUCAAAGUUCUUCAAAAGCUGGACACAGCUUACCAGUGGAACCUUAAGGUCCUCGACGUGUCUGAAAACAUGGUGGAAAGGGCCGUUCUCAUCAACAAUACAAUAAGCAACCUCAAAUUCCUCAAUCUUAGUAGCAACAGACUAUGGACAGUCCCCACUAACAUUCCUUCCAACACAGAAACAGUGGAUCUAUCCAACAACUUCUUAACGCAAAUCCUACCUGGCACGUUGGUGAGGCUCCCACGCCUUUCCCAACUUUAUUUGCACAAUAAUAAGUUCACCUACAUUCCCGACAAAGCUUUUGACCAGCUCACUCAACUGCAACUAAUAACACUUUACAAAAAUCCGUGGUCGUGUGGGGACGGAAACCAAGCCCUCACAUAUUUGCAGAAAUGGGCAGCAGAAACCACCACUGCAAUCAUAGGCUUGCCAUGUGCCAAUGAAGCCACCACAUCUUGGAAACAUGCCACGCUGUCCUCAGAUGCUCCCACAGCUGGGGAGAACCACCUCCUUGUUAAGGCUAUGAAGGCAGCAGGUAACGCUGGGUCUCCUGAGACAACUGAGCAAGCCCAACUCGGGCACCGCCAAUUCAGAACGAAGGAGGGUGUGCUCAGUGCUACUGCUGGCCACACCGUAGCACUUACCAGCACCGACAGACCACUAAUCCUCUACCCGGAAGACCCGAGCACAGAGAAGCUAAACUCAUAUGAAGCAGCCGCCGCCACGCAGACUAUCCAUCUCCAAGGGACAAGCUCUGUGGAUUCAAGCACAAGGGGUCUGGCCGGAACAUCUGUGACUCCUCUGACCUUGAGCAUCACCAGCGGGAUGCCUACACGCUAUUCAGAGAGGCCUCAAAGCACAACUGUUGCUGUAAAGGAAGCAGAGUCAGCCACAAAAGGGAGCCCUCACAGCCAGUCCCGCGCAAGUCCCUUCGAGGCAAUCCCCCUCUUCACGGUCACACUGACUGUGGCAACCCUGGUGGUCGGCUAA